UAGCUUGAAUUUGGCACCACUAUGCCAUGGCCGGGUCAUCUUCGGCAAUGGACCCGCUUGAAAGGUCGGAAGCGACGCGGGAACGUUCCCAGCUUCAACAGGUAGACUCAAGUCUCAUCGUUGUUGUUAGUGGCCUGCCAAGGCUGUUGCUUUUAUUAACCUUGAAACGUAGAACAACCAACCAUGGCAACUGAGAUCACCCUGCCUCCCAACGUUACGCUUCCUUCCCCUGGAUUUCUCAAUGGAACAGUUACAGCAGGAGGAGUGACUGAUGUUGCCGGUGUGGUAAGCACCGGAGUAGAGGACGGCUUCUUCAGUUCCGGAAUUGUGAAUGCUUCCCCUGUUUUCCUGCCCGAACCAAUUCGAAUGUAUGAAAGGGUGGGUGCCACCAGUAGGUUCGCAGGAGUUCCGAGAUUUGGCCACACUUCAGACUUUUCCUAUGUUGCCUACUAUGGCUCCGGUCCGCACGCAGCUGAUGGGGACAACUACGUUGUGGGCUUGAUGUUUGCUGCAGUUUUUCUGCUUGUGUUCUUCUUGAUAUGGACCGUCACUCUUAUCAUUUUCAAGAUAAGCUUGACAGGGUUUCUUGCUGGAGAACCCUUCAUGAACCCUCAUAUCAAUGAUCCCAUGUCGAUCAAAGCCAAGCAGGAUGCAGAGGAAGACGGAGAAGAGUACAUUGAAGAUGAGACAUGGUACAAUACACCUCGUCGCAUCAGAAUUACAUUCUUCUUGUGUGGGUUGAUUCAGAUAAUAUUUUCUAUGCUCUUGGUCACAAAAGGAGUGGCUAACUUGCAGCAAACCACUGACACAAUCCAAGUCUCCACCGAGACACUUCGAUUGUAUGUAAAGGAUGCAAGAGAUGUCUCCCUUAAACUUGAAAAAAUAGGAGAAUCAGGCUUGUUCAUGCGCGAUCAGGUUGUCUCUGAUUUGGACAGGGAUAACUUUUGCCCUGGCAACCCAGCGUUUGACCAAACAAUACAAGGAAAGCGCAUACUCUCAACUGCAGAUGGAGCUGUCCUCAUGUUGAAUGAUCUUGGUGAUUUUGUUACGAACAAUGUGGCAACUCUUGAGGAAAUUUUAGAGGAUACCCAACAGCAGCUAGACGACGUUGACAGCUCUGUGUCAAAUGUAGAGACUUAUGAAUGGCUUGGAGGUCUUGUUACGCUUCCGUAUUUGAUCCUGGCAACUUUGAUGAUGGUUGCCACGGUUGCAGCACAGGCCAAUUCCAUGACAGACUGUUAUCUUUGUAUUCUGGACUGGAUUGUCCUCCCCCUUUACAUCUUAGUGACAAUUUUCUCUUAUGUUGCAUUGGUGGUAGCUUUGAUUGGUGCUUCCCUGAAUGCAGAUUUCUGUGGUGGCAAAACAAGCUCACCAGACCAAGUGAUGUUGGAUGUCAUGUUCCGGUUGGGGUUCAAGGAAGAUGGUCUCCUCUUCCAGGCUGUUCGUUACUAUGCAUAUCAGUGCACUGAACGUGCUGAAGUUGACCCGUUUCUUUUCCUCCGCAAUUUUGAUGUUGCAAUUGGGAGAGGUCUCACAGUUAUGCAGAACCUCACAGAUAGCAUAGAUGACGUUUCACUGCUAUCUUUUGGAUGCAAUCGUGACUUCGAUCCUUUGCACAGAACUCUGGGACAAAUGGUUGGAGUGCUCAAAGCUCUCGCCCAGGCUGGAAAUCAGGCAAUCAAGUUACUUCGUUGUGAGAAACUUGUACCGUUCUACACUGAUAUUGUUUAUGAUGCCACCUGCACAUACAGUGUCACUGGACUUGCCUGGAUAUUUUCAUCUUUGUUGAUUCUCUCAGUAAUGGGGAUGAUCCUGAUUAUGUUUCGGGCUUCAUAUCAAAACACAAUCUACGAAAAGCCCCCUGGCGAUACCCUGGAGGACGAAAAUAGCAGUAUUCCGUUUCAUACUCGAGGGAGACAGACAAAGAAAGGAAAGAAACGUGGGUGAGAGAACGACUCUCACGACAAAUAAAAGGGAACCUGCAGGGCCAUGCGAAGUGACCAACAGUAGUGGGAAUUCUCUUCCGCAACCUCAAUAUUAAUUGACGUAAGCUUCUCAAAUCUGGGAUCGAAUCCGACUCGAGUCACUGGGAGACUACUUGGCUACUGGCACCUGCUGGGAGACUACUUGGCUACUGGCGACUGCUGCCACAAAGACUUAAAAUUCAAUAGAUCAAUUUCAUUCAUCAUUCU